ACAAUAGCAAUGUUGAAGACUUACAUUAUAUAAGUACGCCGUUCGCUUCCGCUUUCUUUCCUUCACGUUUUUGGGGAGGUGGGAUUGGUUCCCGACCCCUCCGGGAUGGACGGGCCUCUGGGAUGAGGUUUGUAGGGAAAAGGUUUAUUGUGAGGGGGGCCCUUUAGCGUGUCGUACCACGCGCGGUGGAUGGAAGGUAAAGCUAUUCGCGAGGUCCGCCGCCGCCGAUUCGUCCCGAGCACGAGUUUAGGUGAUAGUUUGGCAGUGUGCUAAAAUAUGGCUGGGCAAAUAUCGGAAUCUGAUCAAAUCAAGCAGUUCAAAGAAUUUCUUGGAACAUAUAACAAACUGACAGAGAACUGCUUUCUAGAUUGUGUGAGAGAUUUCACUAGCAGAGAAGUCAAGCCAGAAGAGAUGACCUGUUCAGAACACUGCUUACAGAAGUACCUAAAAAUGACACAGAGGAUAUCUAUGAGGUUCCAGGAGUAUCACAUUCAGCAGAACGAAGCGCUGGCGGCCAAAGCUGGGCUUCUUGGCCAGCCUCGUUAGAAAGCAGGCGACUGCCUGAAGGAGUGCCAACGUUGAUUGCAGUGCCCGCCAAGGUGCAUUCGUCACAACCGCUGCUGCGGGAACAUCCACCAGCUUGGAACGGAAGGGCUCAGAGACGAACUGAAAUGCAGAAAUCAUCAGCGGCUACUGCUGCAGUUAGCCUUGGUGCUGACAGAACCUGUUCCAAGAGCGUCCUCCAGUGGAAUAAUGUUGAUACAGCCUUUUCUGGAGGCCUGCAGACUGCCUCGCAGUUACUAGGCUUGAGAUUAGGAGGGAGCAAGCCGUGGGUUGCAUCCUGCCGUUCCACUCACGGCAAUGCUCUCCUCCGGUCCCAGCAGCCUCCCUUGCACUCUGCGGAAGAGCCUCUUGCGGUGGAGAAAGGCUCCUUGGACUGGAGGAAGAUGCUGCCGUGAGCAGAGCAGCAGGAUACAACCCACCGUGUUGUGAUUUCCCCCGCUUUACAACAACGACUGUUCAUUUUAAAACACAGGUGUAUUUGUCUGAAAAUUACAUCCCCAAGUGUCUAAAGCAAGGUUUAUUUUUUACUUAAUCAAAGUCAAAUAAAUAAAACUGCUGCUGUACAGGGAGUCUUUCUAAAGGAGGGACUGGUAGGCUGUUGUAAGGUCUCGCCUUAAGAGUAGCCCCCUGCGCGAUGCUGCAUUUCUCACUCAUCUGAUGCAUCCUCCUCGUUCAGUGCUGUCUCAAGCCGCUAGCAGAGAGAACAGACUUAUCAGUGGUAAAGCUACUGAGGCAUAAAAAAGCAUUUUUUAAAAUUGACUAGACUUCCUUUUGUUUUCUGGGCAUAAACAUUGGUCUUUAGAGGACUCCUCAUUCCGUUCCCUUGCUUCCACUGUGCUUCGAUCUACACGGAAGAACUGCUUUUACAGUAAACUAAGAAACGAUAACCCCUUGGAUCUAAGCAGGGUUGGAUUUAGGUUCAGGGGGAAUAACAUACUAACGUAUUAAAUUGUUCUGCUACAGAACCACUUGCAAAGUCCUUAUAACUAAUGAAGAAUGUUUCCCAUGGCUGUAACCUUAUCAAUCUAUUGAAGGCCUACUACUGUGCCAGUCAGAAUUUGUGUCCAAAAGCAAGGUCUGAAGAACACGCAACGUUUUCCCUGUUGUUGAGACAGCAACCAUUAAAAUCUUGU